AGCUAGCGAGCGAGGGAGGGAAGGAGGAGGAGAGGUGGGGGAAGCCGGGGGGAGGAAGGGAGGCGCCCCGCUCCGCCGUUCGCUUGGUCCUGCAAACGCGCGCUGGGCGCUUUCCUCGGAGCUCGGCGGUGCGCGCGAGCGCCCUUUUGCAGCAACCGCGGCGGCGGCUGCCCGAGGGGGCGAAGAAGAGGGGGCUGUGACCGGCGGGCCAGGGGGCCGCGCCCCCCCCCCUCAAAACCGCCUGCAAAGUGCUCGGGGUGGUAAAAGCAGGCCUCCGGCUGCGCGAAACGAACCGCUCGCCCCGGGGCUGCCGGGCAGCGCCGCGGCUGCGGGCGGGCGCCGGUGUCCUCGGCGCGGGGCUUGGGCUCACCAUGCCCCUGCGGGGCCGGGCCGCCGGGCACAAGCGGAUCCCGGGUUUGCCCCCGCCUCGACGCGCUCGGAUUAACUGCAACUGGCGCCUAGGGAUUUGAAUCUGGACCUCGGAAGGGAAGCGCACCUAGGCCGACCUCGGAGCGGCGGCCCCGCGGCCAACAUGCUUCGCAAAGGAUGCUGUGUGGAGCUGUCCCUGCUGCUGCUGCUGCUGCUUGCCUGGAAGUUGCCGCUGGGCGGCGGCUGCCCGCGGGACUGUGUAUGCUACCCGGCGCCCAUGACGGUCAGCUGCCAGGCACACAAUUUCGCCACCAUCCCGGAAGGCAUCCCUGAAGACAGCGAGCGCAUCUUCCUGCAGAACAACCGCAUCAGCCUCCUGCAGCCAGGCCACUUCAGCCCUGCCAUGGUCACCCUGUGGAUCUACUCCAAUAACCUCACCUUCAUCGACCCCGGCACCUUCGAGGGCUUCGCACACCUGGAGGAGCUGGAUCUUGGGGACAAUAGGCAGCUGAGGACGCUGGCGCCUGAGACCUUCCAGGGCCUGGUGAGGCUCCACGCCCUCUACCUCUACAAGUGUGGGCUCAGCGCGUUGCCGGCGGGCAUCUUCAGCGGCCUGCACAGCCUGCAGUAUCUCUACCUGCAGGACAAUCACAUCGAGUACCUCCAGGACGAUAUCUUUGUGGACCUGGUCAAUCUCAGCCACCUGUUCCUCCAUGGCAACAAGUUGUGGAGCUUGGGUCAGGACACCUUCCGGGGGCUGGUCAACCUGGACCGCCUGUUGUUGCACGAGAACCAGCUGCGCUGGGUACACCGCCGGGCUUUCCACGACCUGCACAGGCUAACCACGCUCUUCCUCUUCAAUAACAGCCUCACGGAGCUGCAGGGCGAUUGCCUGGCCCCGCUGGUCGCCCUGGAGUUCCUCCGCCUCAAUGGCAAUGCCUGGGACUGCGGCUGCGGGGCGCGCUCCCUGUGGGAGUGGCUGCGCAGGUUCCGCGGCUCCAGCUCCGCCGUCCCCUGCGCUGCGCCCGAGCUGCAGCAAGGCCGGGACUUGAAGCUGCUAAGGGCUGACGACUUCAGGAACUGCACGGGGCCGCCGGCGUCCCCCCACCAGAUCAAGUCGCACACGCUCACCACCACCGACAGGGCCGCCCGCAAGGAGCACCACCCGCCGUCCCAUGGCCCCGCCAGAGACAAGGGCCAUAAGAAGUCCGGCAAGAACUGCACCAGCCACCGGAAUCGCAACCAGAUCUCCAAGGCCGGCGCUGGGAAGCAGGUGCAAGAACUGCCGGACUACAUCCCUGACUACCAGCAUAAGUUCAGCUUUGACAUCUUGCCCACAGCUCGGCCCAAAAGGAAGGGCAAGUGUGCCCGGAGGACCCAUAUCCGCGUCCCCAGCGGGGUGCAGCAGGCCUCCGCAGGCAGCUUCCUGCAGGCCUCACUCCUGGCCUGGAUACUGGGGUUGGCAGUCACUCUCCGCUGAGGACUCAGGCUGCCGGCUCCUGCACUGCCACGUGUCCAUCGAGGAACACAAUUUCUUUUCUUUUCUUUACGAGGAGGAGCAGCUGCUGAGGAGCAGGAACAGGCCAACAGAGCCCAUGGGCUGCCGGCUGGACCCUACCCCGUGGAUGAUAAACCCAAAAUGUACAGCCCCACGUGGGAGGGGAUCGGCAUGUCCCACCCAGCUGCCCCCAGCCAGCCAAUCACCCACGGACAGCGUCCGCUCCAGCAAGGUGGGCAGAGGUGCACGUGGUGGACCCUUCAUUAGCAACACCAGGACUAAUGGCCUGCAUAGGACUUGGGCUCUUGCGAGCGGGACGCUGACCCUCGGGAGAGAUCUGAAGAGCCCACUGUUCCCAAAGGAAGCCAAGCUUGGAAGAGGCUGGGCCAACCAGCAGCCUGGGUGUAACGGAACCCUCCUGCCCUUGCUCAAGGCCAUUUGGUCGGCCUGCCCUGGACCAAUCCAAUCCCACUCCACCUUGGGUCCUUCCCUGGGCAGGGGUGGGGGGAGUAACACCUUUCACUGCUGGUGUCUCAGGCAACCCUGACAGACCCGGGCCCCACGGCUGGGGUCCAAGAACCAAUUACCAAAGGAAAGACCAUGUGAGGCUGAAAAUUAGCACUUCCACCCCACGCGAUGGGUGAGGUUCUCACAGAAGGUGCAGUUUUCUAACUAUGUCCACUUAUAUAUAUAUAUAUAUACACACACACACUCACACAUAUAUAUGUAUACACACACGUGCACAGCUCCGCCUGCCACCCCGUCUCCAACUGUACAUCUCAUUGUGUUGAUUAACUAUACAGAAUACUAUAUCUGCCCAACUAAGGAUCAUACUGGAGACUUCUAGAAAGAGUGACUUGUAGUUGCAUUUUUGUCCCAAAUGUCAACCUGCCAAGAUCAGUCCAUGGACUAGCUGGACUUGGGCCCUGGGGCCUGAUAUCAGUGGGGAGGGUGGGAGAGAAGGGAAGGCAGCAAGAAUCAUUCCAGGGGACCAAUAUUCUUAGCUAUUUAGAGUAUCACCU